AUGGCCUUCUCGUCGCUCGCGGACGAGCUCAACCUCGACUCGGGGUUUCCCAUGUCCCCCUCUGGACCUGGACUAAGCCUAGCCGACGAAUUUGGGGAUAUGGGUGGCGGAACACUAGCCGACGAGCUGGUCGACGACCUCGCACUGGCAGACUACGCCGAGCUCGAGCCAGGCCCGCUCGGGCUUGACAGCAGGCUUGACAGCGGGCUCGACACCUUCACCGGUUCUGACAAGUACGGCUCUCUAGGGCGCUCGCCGCGUCGUCCAGCCCGUGGCGGAGCACGUACACCAGGCCCGAGCGUCCGUGUAUCGCGGCGGCACGAGAGCGAGAGUAAUGACCAACUCGACCUCUCGCCACUUCUUGCAGCGCAGGCCGCCGGACAACGCAUGCUCUCCCGCCUACAGACGCUCGAUGGCCCAUCGCCCACUCAUCGAGUACCUCUGGAGGAACGGCUGGCGGGCUUCGUGUCCCGCAUGGGCGCUGCCGAGCGGGUGCGCGACGAGCAGACGCGUGAGGUGGCUGCCCUUGUUCGAGACCUUGAGGGAUUACAAGGCGUGGUGGCGGAAGAGGACGUCGCGUACGUCGACAUGCUAAUGGAUCACGAGUCGCCACGCGCGCGUAGGAGACCACCACCAUUACAAUUUGAGAGUGAUGAUGAAAGUCACCAACGCCCAUACCAACGUUCGCCCCUCUCGCCGCUCGAUCACAACUCGUCCUCGCCUCACGCGUGGAACGAGCCGCUGUCACCAUUACACCGCCGGCCCAGCUCCCCCGUCUCGCCGCUACACCGGCGGCCUAGCUCGCCUCUUUCACCCCUCUCGCCUUCGUUUCCGAACGGCACACAUGUACAUGCCCAUUCUCAGGCUCAGGCUUGCCUAGCGUCGCACCGCUCGGCUCUGGCGGCAGCGACGGCCGAGCUCGGUUCGGCGACGGGCGACGCAGCCGACGCACUGAACAAACUCGCCGGCGCGUCAACUACCGCCAUACAGGCCAGCGCAGGGGCCGGCGAGACGAGUCGCCAGCUCCGCAAGUUGCGCGUAGGCGUUGCGAGCCUCCGCCAGGGCAUCGAGGCCGAGGAGACGGCACAGCGCGGCAUCGACGCGUGGGAGGCCGCCCUGGUAUCCGGCACUGCGCCCGACGUGCGAAGCGUGCUUGCCGGCCUGAUGGCUGGGUUCGAGGAGCGGCUGGGCGAAAUGGCCCGCGCACACGAGGGGUUGCGAAUGAGAGCGCGCGCGUGA